UGUGGGUUUAUUAGGUGCUUGCCAUAGGACUAUCGGGCCUCGGCAAACUAUGCCUUUGAAACAGACAUCAUAGCAGGCCUAGUGUUAAAAAGAGGGAUACCUUGCAUACUGCUCUAAUCAACGACAAAAGGAACAUGUCAGACGAAGAACUAAAGAAUAAGCUUAAGGCCAGCGGACGCUAUAUGACUGCGGUUAAAACAGAGUGGCUGCCGAUCACCAUGAAGUCGCAGAUUUCGGAGGAGUUCGUCAAGACGGGCCCUGUCCCGAAGGCCAAACCGGAGUGCCGGGCCCAGCCAGAAGUUUUGAUGCAGGUGCCGGAUAAGAUUUCCAACUGGCGCGAGCGGAAGACUCCCAACUGGCGCGAGGAGAAGGCUUCCAACUGGCGCGAGCAGAAGAUAACCAACUGGCGCGAGCGUCCCAGUGGCCACCAACCAGGUGCCAGCUAUUAUAAUGCCAAAUAAAGUGGCAAGUCACUGAGAAUUUAGGUUGUCUUCUUGUACUAAUAUUGGACAUACAGUAGGUUUCAACCUUAUACAACGUAUAAGCGGACAAGAAAACGAUCCCUUAUCAACGCAAAUCACAUUGUACAGACCACGAAAGCUAGAACACUAGGAACAAGGGUACUCAACAC